GUGUGCCGGAUAAUUCCGCAGCCUGCCGCGGAGUUCAGGCGGGGAGACCGACGGGUGGACGGCGUCCCGGCACUGGGCCGGCCACCUGCCGACCUGCCUGCCCGUCCGGGGGCGGUGAGAAGGAAGGGAGGAAGGGAGGAAAUGCUGAACAAGCUGCGGCCGCUAGUGUGGCUCAGGCAGUUCCGCCUGAUGGCUGUCGCUAUCGUCAUCGUCACCCUCCUCUGCCUCCGGCUGCUGCUGCCCGUCCGCGCCCCGGGUGUGGGGACUUCUGCAUAUUUCUCGGGAAGAAAGAGAAUAUCAGAGAUAAGUCUGUAUAAACUGGACCUGGGAUGGCCGAAGUUUCCGAGCAUGUUCACGGGCCAAGUGUUUGCCGUUGCAGUGGACCCGGUGGAUGAUAUUGUUUACGUGGCACAGAGAGGAGAAUCUGUACCAAAAAUAUUAAUGUUUUCUGAACAUGGAUACUUCCUCCAAGCAUGGAAUACCACCUCAAUCGAAAUGCCACACGGCAUCUUUGCAACCAGCACCGCCCCAGGAACAUCCUUAUGGGUGACAGAUGUUGGCAAUGGGAAGUAUGGGCACACCAUCAAACAGUACUCGCAGUCUGGGAAGCUGCUUCAGAUGCUGGGGACACCAGGAAUCCCGGGCUCCAACCUGAACCCCCUGCAGUUUGAUCAACCAGCAGAAGUGUUUAUUUCCAAAAAUAGGGAUUUGUACAUCGUGGAUGGAGAUGGAGGCUUAAAUAACCGACUCAUCAAACUCGACCCAGGCUUUGGUGUCGCUUGGAUGAAAGGAGAAAAGGGAGAUAAAACUUCCCAGUUUUACAUUCCGCACAGUGUAACUGUAGAUAACGUCGGCAGGGUGUGGGUUGCUGACCGGGGCAACAAGCGUUUGCAAGUAUUUGAUGCUGAGAUGGGAGAUUGGCUGGGAGCCUGGGCCAGCUGCUUCACCGACGACGGCCCUUCCUCAGUGAGGCUGACGUACGACAACAAGUACUUGAUCGUGGCCCAGCUGAACGUGAACAGAUUGAUGUUCCUGUCGGUGCCGCCAAUCGGUAGCAUUGGGACUUGUCACAUUGCCGACACCAUCCAGCUGGCCGACGGAGUGAAGCCCCAUCUUGUGGGCGUCAGCCUGAAAACCGGCGCCAUUUAUGUCGCCGAAAUCGGUGCGCGGCAGGCUCAGCGGUUCGUGCCCAACGUCAAAAACUAAAUGCCAACCCUCCACUGCACCAAGUGCCUCUUUUCUAUUGAUGAUUCCUAACAGUCGCUCUAGACUGGUGAAACGGGCAUCAGAAUGUAACAGCACUGUAACUCAGGGAUGUUGCUGUGAUAUGAUCCUAGAACCGACUGUUGCAAAGCUGUCUCUCACACAACUCUGCAUUUGCACUAGAUGUGAUUUAAAACUAUAUUUUUAAAGUCCCGAAGCUGAGAAAUAAACCGGCAAAGAGUCCAAGUUUAAUUCUUAGCUUGAACUGGCUUUGUUAAGAUUGUUAUAUUAGGGCCAAUGUAAAUAUAAUUCCUCAUUACCUCUGCCUCAAUUUGGGGUUUAACCUUAAGCUUCGCACUACUUAUCCCUGUUGACGGUGUACAAAUUGAUUUUGAGAGGAAAUAUUAAUGAUGAUAUUAAUGCCUUAGCCUAUAAAUACCUGUGGCAGUAAUCAGCUGACACUGGCCAACAAGGCUUGUGUACAACUCAUGACUUCUUGAGUAAAGAAUAUUGCCAAAAAUAUGUUAAUAAAUUGAGGGGCUAAUGGAAAUAUAAAAGGGGAAAGUAAUGCAAGACAAGGUUUUGAUAUAAGAAUGCUCUGCCUUCACAAAAACUGUCCACAGUGCUGAAGUUUUUCUUGAGGUCAAUUUAACAUGUUAAAUGUAAUGAACAUGCUGGGAAAAUAAAAUUGUUCAGCUAUUGUAAGUAAAUAAAGUUGAUUAUGGUUGGCAGUGA